GCACCAUGGGCAGCGCGGAGGACGCAGUCAAAGAGAAACUGCUGUGGAACGUGAAAAAGGAGGUAAAGCAGAUCAUGGAGGAGGCUGUCACCAGGAAGUUUGUGCAUGAAGAUAGCAGCCAUAUCAUUGCUCUGUGUGGUGCAGUGGAGGCUUGUCUCCUGCAUCAGCUGAGACGCCGGGCCGCCGGUUUCCUGCGCAGUGACAAGAUGGCAGCCCUGUUCACCAAGGUGGGGAAGACAUGCCCAGUGACUGGGGAGAUUUGCCACAAGGUACAGGAGUUGCAGCAGCAAGCAGAGAGCAGGAAAACCUCUGGGGGCAACCAGGAGGUGCUGAGGAGACAGGGCUCUGCCAGCAGCAGGGCCCCAGCCCUCAGCCCACAGGCCUUGAAACACUUAUGGGUACGAACAGCGCUCAUCGAGAAAGUGUUGGACAGGGUCGUGCAGUACCUGGUGGAGAACUGCAGCAAGUACUACGAGAAGGAGGCGUUAUUGGCAGACCCUGUGUUUGGCCCCAUCUUGGCAUCUCUUCUAGUGGGACCCUGUGCCUUGGAGUAUACCAAGCUCAAGACAGCUGACCACUGCUGGACUGACCCUUCUGCUGAGGAGCUGGUCCAGCGGCACCGUAUCCGGGGCCCCCCUCAUCGCCAGGACUCCCCUGCAAAGCGCCCGGCCCUAGGAAUCCGGAAGCGGCACUCGAGCGGCAGCUCGUCGGAGGACAGACUGGCCGCCUGCGCCCGGGACUACGUGGAGUCCCUGCACCAGAACUCCAGGACACGCCUGCUCUACGGCAAGAACAACGUGCUGGUGCAGCCGAAGGAAGACAUGGAGGCCGUCCCUGGCUACCUCUCCCUUCACCAGUCUGCAGACAGCCUGACUUUGAAGUGGACCCCCAACCAGCUCAUGAAUGGGACUCUGGGUGACUCUGAGCUGGAAAAGAGUGUUUACUGGGACUAUGCUCUGGUUGUGCCCUUCAGCCAGAUCGUCUGCAUCCACUGCCACCAGCAAAAGAGCGGUGGCACGCUUGUGCUGGUGAGCCAGGAUGGUAUCCAGAGGCCGCCGCUGCACUUCCCCCAAGGAGGACACCUCCUGUCCUUCCUGUCCUGCCUGGAGAAUGGGCUUCUGCCUCGAGGACAGCUCGAUCCCCCACUCUGGACCCAGCAGGGAAAGGGGAAGGUGUUCCCCAAGCUCCGGAAGCGCAGCAGCAUGUGGUCAGUAGACGUGGAAGACAUGGGCAUGGGGCGGGCCACAGACUACGUGUUCCGGAUCAUUUAUCCCGGCCACAGGCAUGAGCACAUCACUAUUAACUACCACCACCUAGCGGCCAGCCGCACGGCCUCGGUGGACGAUGAUGAGGAAGAGGAGGAUAAGCUGCACGCGAUGCUCUCAAUGAUCUGCUCGCGGAACCUCACAGCUCCCAAUCCGAUGAAAGACGCUGGCGACAUGAUCGAGAUGCAGGGCUUCGGGCCCAGCCCGCCAGCCUGGCACCUGGAGCCCCUGUGCGGCCAAGGCUCUUCCUGCCUCUCCUGCUCUGCUGGCAGCUCCCCAUACGCAGCCCCCAGCCACUGCGGCUGUGUCCCCGACCGGUUGCCCCUCAGGCUGCUGUGUGAGAGCAUGAAGAAGCAGAUCGUGUCUCGGGCCUUCUACGGCUGGCUGGCCUACUGCCGCCACCUGUCCACAGUGCGGACCCACCUGUCAGCGCUGGUGCAUCACAACAUCAUCCCACCCACCCGGCCCCCCGGAGCCUCCGGGGGCCUCACCAAGGAUGUGUGGAGCAAGUACCAGAAGGAUGAAAAGAACUACAAAGAGCUGGAGCUGCUGCGGCAAGUUUACUAUGGCGGUGUGGAGCAUGAGAUUCGCAAGGAAGUCUGGCCCUUUCUGCUUGGCCACUACAAGUUUGGCAUGACCAAGAAGGAAAUGGGGCAGGUGGACGCAGCCGUGGCAGCGAGGUACCAGCGGGUGUUGGCAGAGUGGAAGGCCUGCGAGGUGGCGGUGAGACAGCGGGAGCGCGAGGCUCACCCAGCCACACUCACCAAGUUCUCCUCAGGCAGCAGCAUCGACAGCCACGUGCAGCGCCUCAUCCACCGAGAUUCUACCAUCAGCAAUGACGUAUUUAUCUCUGUGGAUGAACUGGAGCCCCCGAAGCCCCCAGGCACUGAAGAUUCCAGAGCAGAGCUCGAGCAGGAAGCGGGAGCUGGGCCCCUGGGCACCGCCAUGGUGGAACAGCAGCAGUCAGUAGAGUUUGACUCUCCAGACUCAGGACUGCCGUCCUCUCGCAACUACUCCGUGACCUCAGGCAUCCAGUCCAGCAUAGAUGAGGGGCAGAGUGUGGGCUUCGAGGAGGACGACUGCGGUGCAGAGGAAGGCGGCGACGGACUGGUCCCGGCUGCCCGCGCCUUCCCGCCGCCUGGCGACCCCACCCAGGAGAAGGCCUCUCGGACCAGUGAGCUGGAGGCAGGGGAGGAGCUUGCGGCUGUGUGUGCUGCUGCCUACACUAUAGAAUUGCUGGACACUGUGGCCUUAAACCUGCACCGCAUAGACAAGGAUGUGCAGCGAUGUGAUCGCAACUACUGGUACUUCACGGCCCCCAACCUCGAGAGGCUCAGAGACAUCAUGUGCAGCUACGUGUGGGAGCACCUGGACGUGGGCUAUGUGCAGGGCAUGUGCGACCUGCUGGCACCUCUCCUGGUCAUCCUGGACAAUGACCAGCUGGCCUACAGUUGCUUCAGCCACCUCAUGAAGAGGAUGAGCCAGAACUUCCCCAAUGGGGGUGCCAUGGACACCCACUUUGCCAACAUGCGCUCCCUCAUCCAGAUCCUGGACUCAGAGCUGUUUGAGCUGAUGCAUCAGAAUGGAGACUACACCCACUUCUACUUCUGUUACCGCUGGUUCCUGCUGGAUUUUAAGAGAGAGCUGCUGUAUGAGGAUGUGUUUGCUGUGUGGGAGGCGAUCUGGGCGGCCCGGCACAUCUCCUCAGAGCACUUUGUCCUGUUCAUUGCCCUGGCCCUGGUGGAGGCCUACCGUGAGAUAAUCCGUGACAACAACAUGGACUUCACCGACAUCAUCAAGUUCUUCAAUGAACGGGCUGAGCGUCACGACGCCCAGGAGAUCCUGCGGAUUGCCCGGGACCUCGUCCACAAGGUGCAGAUGCUCAUAGAGAACAAGUGAAGGCUGUAGCCAGGAGGCAGCACCUGCCAGAGCCUGGGCUCCAGGUCUCGGGGCCCUGCAGGGAGAUGCAGGGGUGUCACAGCCAAGACAGCCCUAACCCCAGCCAACUCUGCCUGCCCGUCUCUGUUCCUAACAAAGCGCUGUGAGCCUGGGAUCGACUCAGGGCCAUGCUAGCCCUGCAGGGCAAGUAAGGGACCAGGAUGCCCUCAGGUCAGGGCCAGGGUGGGAGGGGUUGGCCUCAGGGAAUGGCUCUUGGGGGACACCUCCUGUGCCCCUCAAAUGCCUGGGAAUAGCCCCACUGCCACCUGUAGCCUUGGCCUGGACUGUUGCCCACGUCAUCUCCCAGGUCAGUCUGCAGUUAGCAGCGCUGUCCUUGCCUGGGUCCCCCCACCUGACAAGGGUGGGGCCGGGGGAUUCUGCCGCCCUCCUCUGUGAGCCCCUUCACACGUCCUGUGCAUGUCGCACACCAGCUCCGUUGGAGCAGCCAGAACCGCUGCCAGUUGGGCUUGUGUCUGUGUCCUAAAGGACCUUAGGGCACUGGGCUGCCUCUGGGCCCUCCCCUGAGCCUGGGCAGCUGGGUGUGGGCCCUGGGUGGGAAGUACCCACUUCAGUAGCACUGCCACUGGCUUUGGCCACCUGAGAUGACCCCAUCACUGCCCCCCUCCACCCCAGCUUGUAGUCUCACUCUUGUCACCAUGCUCUUGCUUUAUGCAUUAGCUGCAUCCCUGGAAAUAUAAAGGACACUUUGCCAGCUGGAUGAUCUGGGAUCUGGUGAGAGUCCCUGCUCUCACAGGAAUUCAGGAAGGUUCUUUAGGGAGUCAAUCCUGUCAUAGCCUCCUCUCAGGGACAGGCCCAGGUGGGGGUGGCCCACUGCUCAGCCCAGGCAUCUUCUGAGUCCCUGGGACUGAGGGAAGGUGUGUGUGGGGGGUCUCUGAUGAGAAGCAAGGCCAGCUCUGGCUUUCACUGGCUUCUCAGGAUGCUUAAGAGGCCAAGGGGCCCAGAAGUCCCCUCAGAGGAGCCUCACUUUCGAAGUGUUCAGAAGGGCCCAGCUCUGACCCCAGGCCCAGGUACACUGCUCUGUCAUCCCCACUUCCUUCCCCUCCAUUGCCCCUCCCCCAACACAUGCCAGCUAGGCCUUAGGGCAAGGCCACUCUGCCACUACGGUUAGAGAUUUCCCGCAUCUGAAAAUAGGGUCCAGCAGCCCCCUGCAUCCAGCACAGCCCCCUUAGCCCACCCCUGCUCCUGGGGCUCACGGCCUGUUUGGGAGCUAGCCGGCCCCACUCCCACCCUGUCUCCACCAACACGGUGGCUGUCGUGCACCUGCCUUAGUGACUCUGGUUUUGUGAGGAGCAGAAUGUGUACGUUUUUGUUUUUGUUUUUGGCUCAGAAACUAUACUCUUCAGUGUAAUAGACCAAUAAACAGCAUUU